AAUUCACUUCCGGCUUCUCUCAACUGUCUCCACUCCCGCAGGGAUCGGUGCGAGCCCCUUUCACGGCUCCGCCACGCUCAGGCCCCGCCCAUCCAGGGGGCUGCCCUGGCGUAGCUACAGCCAUUCCGAGGGAUGCCCAGAUUGCCCUGUGGUGACAGGAACAGCCUGUGUCGCUACAGGCGGCGCCGAAGGCCGACUCCGUCCCCUACGGCAGCUCGAGACACACGCGACCGCUCGGGCAAGAGAACCGAGAGUGUGGGGACCCCGUUCCACUUCCCGUACUUGGUACGGCCCUUACCAGCGGGGUGGUGGCCUGGACAUCCAUGUAAAGCGGCCGGGGAGCACCGCCGCCAUCGCUGGUUCGCCCUGAGGGGAAAGAGAGGAUGCCUGUGACCGUGGGCCCAUAUGGGCAGUCGCAGCCCAGCUGUUUUGACAGAAUAAAGAUGGGUUUCAUGAUGGGCUUUGCAGUGGGCAUGGCUGCAGGAGCACUGUUCGGCACAUUUUCCUGCCUCAGGAUUGGCAUGAGAGGACGAGAGCUGAUGGGUGGAGUUGGCAAAACGAUGAUGCAAAGCGGUGGGACAUUUGGGACAUUCAUGGCCAUUGGUAUGGGAAUACGCUGCUAAUCUGGAGCUUGGGAUUUAUCCCAGAGUGCCCACACCAAGCUACUUCUCCGCUGUACAAUAAUAAAAUCUUGAGAUACCUGGAA